AUGAAAUUAGUGGUUGAUAGUUAUGAGAUUCCUGGGAUAAUAAUAUCUAAACAGAUAUUUAAAUGUAGUAAUAUUACAGAACUAAAAGAUAUUAAUGAUAUUACAGAAAUAAAAGAUACUGUCUAUUGUGUACAUGAAGAGUCAUGUGACCUACGGAAGAUUAAAUACUACUUUAAUGAAAUUGUAGAAAUAAAAAAUAAUUUAGUGUAUUACAAUAAAAGAAAGAAGGUUAUAAAAUAUUAUAAUAUUAUAUUAAAUGAUGAAGGAUACAUAUUUAAAGAAAUAAAACAACAAAUAGGUAAUAAAGUAUUUAUUAAUAAAAAUGAAUAUUUACCACAUCUUAAAGUACAAGAGAAUGAGGUUGUUAUAUUUCCAAAUGAAGAUGAAGAAGAGGAAGAAAUAUAA